AUGCAUAAGCUGGCUAUGCUGGCUAUAAUAGAACCUUUUUCUAAUCAAGCUCAUAUAGAGUCUUUUAGACUGCAAUUGAUCAUGGAUCAUAUUUUUAGCAAUCUUAAUAACAAAAUAUGGCUUUUUUGGUCUAAUGAGAUUUCUGCUGUUAUUUUGGAAAGUGAUCAACAACAGGUGACUUGUGAAAUUAGUCAUGAGAACUGCAGUGAAAAGUUUAUUGUGACCUAUGUAUAUGCUAAAUGUAAGAAUCAGUUAAGGAAACCUCUUUGGGAUAUUAUGCUUAAGAGGUCUGAAACCAUGUAUCCUUGGAGUAUUUUAGGUGAUUUUAAUGUUAUCACCUCCACUAGUGAGAAGCUGGAUGGGUCUGAUCAUUGUCCUUUGUUAAUGGAAAUAGGUGAUAUACAAUCUAACUCUAUUAAAUAUUUUAAAUUUCUGAAUUGUUCGACUGAGAAUGAAUCAUUUCUGAAAACUGUGGAAAAUUGUUGGAAAAGAGAUGUGAUAGGCAAUCCUAUGUGGAAUUUUCAUACAAAGUUAAGGAGGCUAACUAAGACUUUGAGAGAGUGGUCAAAACAGGAAUAUGGUGAUGUAUUUGUAAAGGUUAAACUGUAUGAGGAGUUGGUGAAAAGGGCUGAAAAUGAUAUGAUCUGUAAUCAGAGUAUAGAAAAUAGUGAGAAGCUUAAUGCUAUUAAUGCUAAGUAUAUUAAGUACUACAAGUUGGAAUAUAAGAUUCUUCAGCAAAAAACUCAAUUGCAUUGGUUACAAGAGGGAGAUGCUAACACUAAAUAUUUUCAUGCUGUGAUUAGAGGUAAAAGAAAUAGAAUGGCUAUUCAUAAAUUGAUGGAUGACAGUGGGAAUUGGAUUACUGGGGAAGAAAAUAUUGCUAAACAGGCUUGUGAUUAUUAUGAGGGGAUUUUUACUGCUAAGAAUGAGAAAAUUAAGGAAGAUAUCCUGCAGUGUAUCAAGCCUAUUAUUACUCAAGAACGAAAUGAUAGUUUAGACAGAUUACCUGAUAUGGAUGAAUUGAGAGGAGUCAUUAUGAGUAUGAAUCCUCAUUCAGCACCUGGACCUGAUGGUUUUGGAGGAAAAUUUUACCAAGUUUGUUUUGAUAUUAUCAAAGAAGAUCUCUUGGCUGCUGUUAAGUAUUUUUAUAUUGGUAAUAGUAUGCCCAGAUAUUUGACUCAUGCCUCUUUAAUUUUACUUCCAAAAACUGAUCAUCCCUGCAGACUUAAGGAUUUCAGACCUAUUAGCCUUAGUAAUUUUGCCAAUAAGAUCAUCUCAAAGAUCAUUAGUACAAGAUUUGGUUUAAUAUUACCUGGUAUUAUUUUUGAAAAUCAAUCAGGCUUUGUCAAGGGAAGGAGUAUAGCUGAGAAUAUUUUGUUGGCUCAGGAAAUUAUUAAUGGUAUUAAAAAACCAAAAGAAGGCAGUAAUGUGGUUAUCAAAUUAGACAUGGUUAAAGCUUAUGAUAGAGUUUCAUGGACUUAUACUUGUUUGGUUUUAAGAAAGUUGGGAUUUAGUGAAGUGUUUAUUGAUAGAGUUUGGAGGAUUAUGAGUAAUAAUUGGUACUCUAUUGUAAUAAAUGGAAAGGGGCAUGGUUUUUUCAAUCCAAGAGAGGUCUUAAACUGGUAUAAAGGAUUUCAUAUGGAAAGAAAUGGUCCAAAAAUUAACCAUCUUAGUUUUGCUGAUGAUAUAAUUAUAUUUGCCUCUACUGAUAGUAAUUCUCUUCAUCUUAUUAUGAAAACUAUUGAAUUAUAUGAAGAAGUUUCUGAUCAGCAAGUGAAUAAACACAAAAGUUUCUUUAUGGUAACCUCUAACACUGGGCAUGAUAUUAUAGAGGAAAUUAAGAGGGCUACUGGAUAUAGUAGGAAGAACAGUCCUAUCAAUUAUCUUGGAUGUCCACUAUAUAUUGGUGGGCAAAGGAUUAUAUAUUACUCUGAGGUGGUUGAAAAAGUGAUCAAAAGAAUUGCAGGCUGGCAUUCAAAAAUUUUAAAUUUUGGAGGUAAAAUUACUUUGGUGAAACAUGUUUUGCAAUCUAUUCCAAUUCAUACACUUGCUGCUAUUUCACCUCCUAAAACUACUUUAAAUUGUAUUAAGAAGCUUAUAGCAGAUUUCUUUUGGGGAAUUGAUAAAGAUGGUAAGAAAUAUCACUGGUCAUCUUGGGAAAACAUGGCAUAUCCAACAAGUGAAGGGGGUAUUGGUGUAAGAUUGCUAGAAGAUGUUUGUACUGCUUUUCAAUAUAUGCAGUGGUGGGAUUUUAGAACUAAAAACUCUUUGUGGAGUCAGUUUUUAAAGGCCAAAUACUGUCAAAGAGCCAAUCCUUUGGCUAAAAAAUAUGACUCUGGAGAUUCUCUAGUAUGGAGAUACCUAACUAGAAAUAGACUUAAGGUGGAAUCUCUCAUUAAAUGGCAAAUACACUCUGGUACUAGUAGUUUUUGGUGGGAUAACUGGUUGGAUAAUGAAAAUCUUGCUAGUCAAAGUGAUCAUAUUUCUAGUUUAAAUAACGGUGUGGUUACAGAUUUCAUAAAGGAUGGUAAGUGGAAUGAAAGCUUAAUUAGACACCAGGUGAAUCCUUUGUUCAUACCCAAGAUUUUGCAGACGAAAUUAAAUUAUUCUACAGGCAAAGAGGACAAUGCAAUUUGGAUUCCAACAGAAACUGGCAAUUUUACUAUAGCUUCUGCAUGGGAGUGUAUUAGAAAUAAAAGACCUAUUGACACUAUUAAUACUAUUAUAUGGCAUAAACAUUUACCUUUUAAAAUAGCCUUCUUUAUUUGGAGAGCUCUAAAAGGUAAAUUACCUACUAAUGAACUACUGCAGAGAUUUGGUAGUGCUAUAUCAAAGUGUUAUUGUUGUUAUAGUAAAGGCAAGGAUGACAUUAAUCAUAUAUUGAUUAAUGGCAAUUUUGCUAAACAUAUAUGGAAGAUCCAUGCUGCAAUACUUGGAGUAGUGCCAGCCAACACUACUCUUAGAGAUCAACUAUUGCAUUGGAGAAAUCAACAAGUUAACAAUGAGGUACAUAAACUACUUAUUCAUAUUUUACCUAAUGUCAUUUGUUGGAAUUUAUGGAAAAAUAGGUGUGCUGUCAAGUAUGGAAAUAAGAGUUCCAGCAUCCAUAGAGUGCAAUAUGGCAUAUUCAAGGAUGUAAUGCAAGUUAUUAAAAUUGUGUUUCCAAGUAUACCAUGGCAAUCAAGUUGGAACAAGCUCAUUAACAUAGUCGAGCACUGUAAACAGCAAUAUAAAAUAGUUUUAGUAAGUUGGAAUAAACCAGGUUUAGGCACUUAUAAACUCAACACAGAUGGUAGUGCUUUACAAAAUUCAGGAAAGAUUGGAGGUGGUGGUAUUUUAAGGGAUCAUCAAGGUAAAAUUGUUUAUGCUUUUUCUCUACCUUUUGGCUUUGGUACUAACAACAUUGCAGAGAUAAAGGCUGCUCUAUAUGGGCUGGAGUGGUGUGAUCAACAUGGCUACAAAAGAGUGGAAUUGGAAGUUGAUUCACAGCUACUGUGCAACUGGAUCAAAAACAAAACAAAUAUACCUUGGAUAUAUGAAGAUCUUAUUCAACAAAUUAAGCAAAUAACUAGGAAAAUUGAACAAUUUCAGUGUCAUCACAUAUACAGGGAAGCCAACAUUACUGCAGACUUGUUAUCCAAAUGGAGUCACAGUUUAGAGCUAGUUCAACACUUCUACACAAAAAGACAACUCGAGGGAAGGAAGCUAUCUAUUGGAGAAGAUGGGCACACAAAAUUUUAG